UGCCCAUGUUCGCAUAAAUGUCCCAUAUGCAUUUUCUGCAAGUUGAGAAAACGAGCGUUAAAGUUUAAAACGUUUUGUCACUUUUUAAGGAAUUAUAGAGCAUUAUACUUGAAGUCUGUUUUUUGGACGGUCGGAGUACACAAAAUAUGAUACUUUUGUGUGGUUUCCCCGAUUAUCCACUUGAAUUUUGCUCUUUCAUUUGUGAAAAAAAGGCGAUGGGACAAGUAUUUAAACAUUUUUCACCCUGUCCUUGAAAAUGUUCAAAUACCUGUCCCAUCCAUCAUAGCAAACCUGUCAUUGACAUUUGUGGAAAAGUUGAAUCGGAACUUGAUAUGGCCGGAUUAAAGUUAAUUGCUGCGUAUGGGGGCUCAUCUGAGGAAGAGGAGGAAGAACCAUCCGGUUCCGGUUUCGGAAUCGUAACGGUCAGCGAAUGUCAUAGUGAUGAACGAACUGGCCGUCCAAGAACCGAGACCAUUACGGACUCGGAUGAUGAUAUCCCACUCUCUUUGGUCCGAGCCAGAAAGAGGACGAAGAAGGAGCAGCGUGCGGAACUUAUAGCGAAACGGCGACGCUUGCAGCACACCGUUAAAAAUAACGACUGUUCCUGCCCGAACAAAUGCGGAGUUAAAAUUUCAAAAGACGACCGAACUGAAGAAAAUCUGAGGUUCUGGAAAUUAACAGAAGCCGAACAGGAUGCCUUCAUCCGGUCUACGGUACGUCUGGUCCCGUUGAUGAGGCGCAACAAGUCGAAGUUUAUGGACGACGAGAGCCCGAAAAAGAACCACUCGUACAAGUUCAGCUUGCAAACGGCGGCCGGAGAUCUUUUGCCGGUAUGCCGAAAGUUCUAUCUGAACACUCUCGGUUAUUCGCAGGAUUGUGGAAACAUAGUUUAUCGACGUAUCAACACCGAGCUGGCUCCGCGGACUCUUAAACGAGGUCGCUAUUCGCGGUCCACGGAUAAAAGGGACGCGGUACGCAACCAUAUACUCACUUACAAACCAACGGUGUCGCAUUACCGACGUAAGCACGCUCCGCAAAGGUUGUACCUGCCCUCUGAUCUGUCCGAAAAAGCCAUGCAUGCGGAUUUCCUGCAGUCUCAGAACCUAACCGUGUCCUAUGAGUUCUACUGCAGGAACGUUCGUGACAUGAACAUCGCGCUUGUAAAGCUUGGGCAUGAGCAGUGCGAGUCAUGCGUACAUGCUGACCUCCAUCAAAAAGAAAUGAAGCACGAAACAAGCACAAACCCGGCCGGUGAGUGUACGAUCUGCGACGACCACCGUAACCAUCUGCUGCAUGCGAAAACGUCGAGAGUUGCCUACAGGGAAGAUGGCGAAAAAAUUAUCCCGAAAAGCGUGGUUUUGUCGGCGGAUUUACAGAAGGUGAUCCAACUGCCUCGACUGGAAGGGCUGAAAUCGGUAGUGUUUUCAUCAAGAUUGCUUGCGUACAAUGAAACUUUUGCGCCCGUUGGUCUGUACGCGCGUAAGCUUCCCACGUUGGCAUGUGUAUGGCACGAAGCUACCAGCGGCCGCUCGGCGAACGAACUAAUAAGCUGCUUUCACCGGGUGCUCAGCCAUUACAGCGACAUGGAGAGUGUGACUAUUUGGCUGGACAACUGUUCGUCGCAGAACAAAAAUUGGAAUCUGUUCCUUCACCUCAUCCUUUUGAUAAAUUCAUCCAAAAUUCAGGUGAAGGAACUUAUUCUAAAGUUUUUUGAGAGCGGUCAUACCUUUAUGUCAGCCGAUAGCUUUCACGCCGCUGUGGAGGGCCGAAUGAAGAAAUCACCGCCGAUAACAUUCCACGAUUUUGAGGAAGUCGUGGCAACGGCGAAGCGGCAGGUUGAUGUGCUGACAAUGGAUGCUAAGCACUUUUUUGCUCCUAAGUUCACCGUGACCCCGUAUAUGCUGAGCAAAUGCCGCCCUCGGCCGUACAUCGAGCAGAUCCGCCGCGUCGUGAUCAAGAAGGGAAAUUUUAUGUUCGUGUACAGUGACACCGUUCAAAGUGAGGGAGAGCUGAAAGCUUGUUCGCUGUUCAGCAAGAAGAACCAAAAACUUGUGAGCGAACACAGUUUCGAUUUGGAAACAGCCCUCUCGAGACAAAAGGAGCCGGUCGGCAUCACUCCGGAGCGAAAAAAAGCCCUGCUUAAGGCAGUACUUCCUUUAGUAGAGCGGGAGAAGCAGAAGUUCUGGAAGAAUGUUUCUGAAAAAUGAUAUUUGGUUAUACUGUUUUUUUUUUGUUAAUUGGUUUGUUAAUGGUUUGUUAAUGGUUUGUUUUUAAAUGGUUACAGCUUGUUACUCUUCGUGAAAUAUAAAAAUAACCUGCUA